AUGGCUCAUCAUACACAUUCUCAUUCACAUAGUGAAGGGAAAGCAUCUCUACAUGUUUCCAAAACUUGUCGAUUAGGAACAGUAUUGGGUCUUACAAUAGCCUUCUUCUUCGUUGAACUUAUUGGUGGAUAUGUAAUGGAAUCGGUGGCUAUUGCAGCAGAUGCUAUUCACAUGCUUAGCGACAGCGGUGCUCUGAUUAUUGCUAUGGUAUCCGUACGAAUCGCCAAGCGAAAAUCUGCAAAGAACACAUUUGGUUGGGUGCGAGCACAAGAACUAGGCGCUAUGGUUAAUUGUAUACUACUCAUGUCACUUUGUUUCACAGUUAUCGUACAAGCUAUUAAACGUAUAAUCGCACCUGGGGCAAUCGAAAAGGAAUAUUUACGAUAUUAUAUUAUUAUUGGUAUCGUUGGUUUAGUUAUUAAUCUUAUGGCACUAGUGAUUCUUCGAGGUGAUAUGGCUCAUGGCCAUUCGCAUGGAGGUGGAGGAGGCAAAAAAGCGAAGCAUAGAAAGAGCGGCAAGAAAGAUGAAGAUAGUAUUGAGAUUGGUGACAGUGAACAUCUAUGCAGUGAUGAACAUGCGACAGGUGAAGGACAUCAUGGGCAUUCACAUAGUCAUGCUGUAUCAGAUAAAAAUGAAGCAACAAAUGCUAAACAUAAAAAGAAGACAAGAGCGGCUGGCGGUGAGCAAAUGAAUAUUCAUGGCGCCUUUCUACAUGUACUCAACGAUGCUUUGGGUUCACUCGUCGUUAUUGUUUCUGGCAUUGCUCUACUGUUAUGGCCUCAUAAGCUUUGGGUUAUCUAUAUUGAUCCAGUUGCUAGUUUACUUAUGAUUUCGAUGAUUGUUAUAUUUACUAUUCCAUUGUUACGUGAAUCAGCACUUGUUUUAUUGCAAACAGCACCUACACAUAUUGAAGUAGCCGAUCUUCAAAAACGUCUUGUUCAACAAGUACCUGGUGUUCUUGCGGUACAUGAAUUUCAUGUAUGGCAAUUAAGUGGCUCGAAGAUUAUCGCAUCAGCACAUAUCCGUUGUCAUAAUCUAAGCGGCUAUAUGGACAUUGCUGAACAAGUAAAAGACUUCUUUCACCAAGAGGGAAUUCAUUCGACAACAAUUCAACCCGAAUUUAUUGAUGAUCAAGAGAUCAUUCUCGGCACAGUUGGUGAUAAAGAGUGUAUUCUCGAAUGUCUCAAAGACUGUAGUAUGAAUACAUGUUGUGGACAACCGUCAAGUUACAUUAAACAACGACCCAAUCGAAUCAAUGGCAAUACUACCGAACCAAGUGAAAAUCCUAUCUUGUGUGGUCAAAAAGAACUGAUCAUCCCAUCGAUUGAAAUCAUCAGUCCAACGCGCUCGAAUAGCUACGUCGAGUAA